UCGCGACCUGCCCCUCCCACCCGGACUGUGGUCCCUCCCUCAGACAGACAGCUUUGCCCUCACAGGUUCUGCCUCUCUAGGACGCCGCUGGGUUUCCUAACGAACCUGGUCAUUGCGCUUGUCCAGGUUCUUUGAAGAAUGGGCAUGAUCCGGUUCAAGGGCAUAGACUCCAUCAUGAUUGACAGGAUGGAGUUUGCUCUACCGUGGGUAGAUCCGGCACGCAUGUCGAGCCUCCUGAAAGCCUCAGCGCCACAGCUGGACGUGCCAUGGGUGGUGCCUGCCACUGACGGGGGAGCCCGUUGGAGUUCCCCCCUUCAAGGGCUAAGAGGGACAUCUGGGGGGGCGCAGGACGCUGGAUUGGGAAACGGAGGGCAGGAGGAGCAGAUCAACAGUGCAAACAAGAGGGAGUUUUCGGCCGACGCGCUGGCCGAGAGCUUACGGUGUUUGCGUAGAUGCAUUCCGAAUGCGGCCGGUUCCAUGAAUCAAGUCGAUUCUCCAAAUUCGGAGGCACAAAUGGGAGGCGACGCCUUGGUCGAAGAGGAGAAGAUCCUCCACAGAUUAAGGAUGCAGACACCUAGGGAUGGGGAGGGGGAGGGGGAUGGAAGAGUUUGUAUUCAGCAAUCAGAGAGCAAUUUGAAGGAUGUGCACGAUACCGACAUGAGGGCGACAUGCGCCAGCGAUGAUGAAACAGGACACAAGAGGGCGCCGGAGAAUGCUUUCGGCCUUCAAGUGCGAGAUGGGCCUCAAAUCGCGAUCGGCAUGGAGGCAUGGUGGAGAAAGGAAGGUAUGAGUAGGGAGCGGAGGGGGAACAGGCCAGUGCUUGGGUCGCAGACGACGGAGCCGACAGAUACGAGCGGUGAUGGCAGGCACUUGGUUGAGCCAUCGAGACGGAGCGUCGAGGAGAUCCUAGCUAAGAGAAGCACGCAGUUAGACACAAGCUCUUGUCCGGGAGACGAUGAUGGUGGAGUUGCCAGAGAUGCAGGGUGUCUUGACAAAGGAGGAGAAGAAGAAGAAGAAAGGGUGGUUAUAGAAUACAAUGGCGGCGCCCGGUUGGAGUCCCACUGGCAUGGCACUAAGCCCCGACAGAUCGUCGACGUGCCGCAGGGAUCUCCGCAGAAGUGGGCCAAUGGGAGCAUGGCUGCCGAGAAUGUGGAAAGCGCGAAUUGCGUCGCAGACAUCGUGUCUUCGAAGGGGAAGAGAAAGAGGGAAGAUGACUCUGUCUGUGAUGAGACACUCGACUCCAAAGCAGUAGUAGAUACAGACAAAAACCGACACUCGACCGGCGCACGGGACCUUUCUGGUAUCAAAGAGACCUGUCUGCGACGAUCAGCAGAAAGGAUAAUAGGAGUGAUGUCAGCAGUGACAGGACGGGGUGCCGGAUCCGAUGAGAGGGUCACAGAAAGAAGGCAAGACCCCUCAGUCGGGAGCUCAACCGUCACACGCAGUGGCCAGACGUGGAAACGCCCGAUGGAUGGGAGUGACAAUCCUCAGGAUCGACCUCUUCCUGAUGGGCAUUGGCAUAAGGUCGAACCCAACUUGUUAGUUCGGCAGCCAAACCUGUUGUCGUCAGCUUGGGAGCGCCCCACCACAAUUUGUGCUGGUGAUCGUGUCAGAGAUGGGGUAGCUAUGCCAGAUAGGGACACAGUUUGGCCGAUAACUGGGUGGUCGGGACUGGAAGAGAAACCUGUGGCCAGUGCGCCGCACUCCAGUCUUGAGAAAGCCAUCUUACAGACCAAAGGUUGGGCCUCCAAGGGUUGUUUGCAGAUUUCUGGCAGGAUGAGAAGUCCACAAGAACGGCAAGGAGGAGAGGGUGCCGAUGACCGCGCAGGUGAUGUCAUCGAUGGAAACAAAUGCAACGAUGCGGAAGCUGUUACUCUGCAAGACGAUGCGGCAGAUCUGAGGGUAAUCCUGCCGAAUAACAACAAUAACAACAACAACAGCAACAACAGCAAUAAUCACGCCAGCACCAAAAUCAAUGACAAACCCAACAGCAGCAGCUGCAGCAAUAACAGCCAUGCCUCUUCUCUAGGCAGUGCAGCAUUUACGGACUUGACGACUCGAGACAGUUCGUUGGACAUCCGUGACAUCGGCAUCACCGCCCGAUCUCGGGUUGCGGAAGGAAAGGGUCCAACAAAGCGGAAACCGAAUGGUGUAGCACAAAUAGAAGGAGAAAAGGAACGAGAGGAUUGGAAUGCGAUGAUUCGUCGGUGUGAAGUUUGGAGGCAGGAUCGGUCAUCUUCUGGGUGCGAGCAAGAUGAACUGGGUGCGACAGCCUGUAUUGGUGGCAGAAAAGGUGGUGCAGCAGUGAGCGUACUCCAGCGAUUGGCGCCUAUGGAUGCACGACACGGAGGUGAGGCAUGUCGACAAAUGGAUGCAGACAGCACGGCUGUUUGCUCGAAUGUUUUAGAGAAGGAUGCAGAAACAGAUUCCGUAGAAAUGAUAAGGACGAGACAUACAAUGGAAGCAAACGUGGAGCUAAGGGGUCCAAUGCGAAAAGCCCAAACCAGUCUUCUGUCAGAAGCUGGUAAUGGUAGCACAAGAGUGAAGGUCCUAAAGGAUGAUUUCUGCACACCUCAUGCACCACCACCACCUCCUCCUCCUCCUCCUCCCCCUCCCCCUCCCCCUCCCCCUCUUCAAGGGGAUUGCGAUGACAAUUUUUGCUUACCAACAACGCCAACGUCGAGCAAUUCAACCGAUCUUCCACAGCGGCGGUCGACAAGAUUGCGGAGAAGCACGUGGACAUCAAAAUGUGACGGCAUCUGGUAUGCAGGGGAGCUCACAUUGCACGCGUUUGAGAGGAGGCGUGCAAUCAAGAAGAAAAAUGCAGACGAUACGUCGGCAGCAAUCGCAGAGCGGCACGGAAAUGAUCACCAAGCAAGUGGCUCCGGGCCUGCCUCACCGCCCUCAAAACACUGCCGUGGUCCAAGUCAAAGUCCAAGUCCAAGUCAAAGUCCAAGUCCAAGUCAAAGUCAAAGUCACGGUGUGCGAACAGGUCACGAGCUUCACGGCGACAGCUAUGGUGGAAAUCGACAGAGCUAUGGCCAUAGCCAAACCUAUGAGAAUCGACGGAACAACCCGGGCGAUUACCGCCGCAAUCACCGAGGAAGACUACUUGACGAUGAGGAUGACGAGGAAUUCCUUAGGAAGAAGGUGUGCGAAGAGAGCGCGCUGGGCAUUGGACUGGAUCAUCUAGAUCCUCGUGCAGAAGACGGCGAAGUCGGCGUGGUGAAGAAUGUUUGUCGACCGCCUGACAGAACCGUAGAACCACAGAUGAAGAUGAUGGGCAAUGAUGGAUCAGGGGAAAGCCGGAGGGAAGCUCGGAACACGAGUCGCGCAUGUCCCCACUGCAGCGAGGCUUACGAUUGCCCGCUCCGAGAUUUCCGGAAACACGUGAAGGCGUGUUUUGUGAAGACAACACUUGACACCGCAAUAGCGAUAGCCGAGGGCGACAAAGAGCUUGAAAGCUCGGCAGGGGUGCUCAGAGAAGAGAAGUGGAGAAAGACGAAGUCGAACGCGCAGGUGAGACAGCAGCGCAUAAUUGGUCGAUUGUGCCCUUUUUGCUCACAGAUCUAUGCAGUUCCAGCUCACGAGUACUGGAUGCAUCUAAACAGAUGCCCCGGUGCAGGAGCGACGGAGGGGGGAGGGGGGGAGAAAGGAGAAGGAGCCAGUAAGAAUGUUGACGUUGAUGAAAUGGAGGGGCAGGGGAGGGAGGAAGAACCCAAAUGGAGCACCUUGUCAGAAGCGAGCGCAGGGAAUGUCGAAAACAAGUCAGAAGCGAAUGCAGCAAGAGUCGAAAACACAGAGACGAUGUUUGCGUCAGGCGGUCCGAAGGUGAGAGUGAAGAAGGCAGAGAAGAAGAGUGCUUCUCCAAGGGAAACCCUCCUGCGCGACAGUUCGCAUUGUUAUCAAGAAUAUGCACCGAAACAAAAAGUGGUUACGGGAAGAGGAGGUGGUGGUGGGGAGGAUUCUUGGGAGGCUGGUUUGUUGCGAUUACAGGCGCUUGCGACGGUUGUCGAAGGAAUAACUCAACAGGAGGAAGCGGCGAUUAAGUCACUUCUGAGCUUCUGAGGAAGGGCACACUAACACCAGGGCUUUCCUUGGCGUAUCUGACCGCAAUUACGGUCAGGCCUGGCCGUAUCUGACUGUGAUUAUGCCCAGAGUCAGUCGAAAAAAAGUCCUACGGUACUGUGAGUACGCCCUCAAUUGCUCUCUCAUUUGUUGCCCUCUGCCGUCAAGUACAGGCCCAGGCCCCAUUGGUGCUAUGCAUGUGCUAACCGAGUGCGAUGCCUGUGCUAAGUGGCCAUGAACCUGGCCAGUUUUUGCAACCAAAUC